AUGGGGAGUGGAGCCAGUGCUGAAGACAAAGAACUGGCCAAGAGGUCCAAGGAGCUAGAAAAGAAGCUGCAGGAGGAUGCUGACAAGGAAGCCAAGACAGUCAAGCUGCUAUUGCUGGGUGCUGGAGAGUCAGGGAAGAGCACUAUCGUCAAACAGAUGAAGAUCAUCCAUCAGGAUGGCUAUACACCAGAAGAAUGCCUGGAGUAUAAGUCCAUCAUCUAUGGGAAUGUGCUGCAGUCCAUCCUGGCUAUCAUCCGGGCCAUGUCCACACUAGGUAUUGACUAUGCUGAACCAAGCUGUGCGGUCUCUGCCUUACAGGAUACUGGGCGACAGCUCAACAACCUGGCUGACUCCACUGAGGAGGGCACCAUGCCUCCCGAGCUGGUGGAGGUCAUCAGGAAGUUGUGGAAGGAUGGUGGGGUGCAAGCCUGCUUCGACCGAGCUGCAGAGUACCAGCUCAAUGAUUCGGCAUCUUACUACCUGAACCAAUUAGACCGGAUUACAGCCCCUGACUACCUCCCUAAUGAGCAAGAUGUGCUUCGAUCCAGAGUCAAAACCACAGGCAUCAUUGAGACCAAGUUUUCAGUCAAAGACUUGAACUUCAGGAUGUUUGAUGUGGGAGGGCAAAGAUCGGAGAGAAAGAAGUGGAUCCACUGCUUUGAGGGAGUCACCUGCAUCAUUUUCUGUGCGGCCCUCAGUGCCUAUGACAUGGUGCUAGUGGAGGAUGAAGAAGUGAAUCGUAUGCAUGAGUCACUGCACCUCUUCAACAGCAUAUGUAACCACAAGUUCUUUGCGGCUACUUCCAUUGUCCUCUUUCUCAACAAGAAGGACCUCUUUGAGGACAAAAUCAAGAAAGUCCAUCUCAGCAUUUGUUUUCCAGAGUAUGACGGAAACAACUCUUAUGAAGAUGCAGGGAAUUACAUCAAGAGUCAAUUCCUUGACCUCAACAUGCGAAAAGAUGUCAAAGAAAUCUACAGUCACAUGACCUGUGCUACAGACACGCAGAAUGUCAAAUUUGUAUUUGAUGCAGUUACAGAUAUCAUCAUCAAAGAAAAUCUCAAGGACUGUGGGCUCUUUUAA